AUGGAGACACAGGACGACAUAAAUGGUCGUACCUUCGUGGAGGUGAUCAGGGAACGGUACAGUCCAGAGAACUUCCCGUGGUGCACAGGACCUGAUAUAAGGGUGGUGGUCGUGCCCAGCGCAGGUCCUCAAGGUUCCCCUGUGAAAGACCGUGUGAACCUGCCCAGUGUGCUGGUGUUGGAUAGCUGGGGCAUCAGCCAGGCAGGAGACCAGGCGUGGAUCGUGGCUUUCUGUGCUCAUGUCAGUAAGCUGGACUUGUCCCACAACAAGCUGCAGGACUGGCACGAGAUCAAUAAAAUUGUCUCCAACACCCCAAACCUGGAGUCCCUGAACCUGAGCUACAACCCGCUGGCAGGAGUAACCCUCGAGCCAUGGUGCACCAAAGCCUUCUUCCGGGUCCGUAGUCUCGGCCUCAACAACACCAAAGUGUCCUGGGACACGGUGCUGCUGCUCAUUCGGGAGAUACCUGAGCUGGAGGAGUUGUUCCUGUCCCUUAAUGGCUACAGCAGUCUGACUGCCCCCAGUGUUGCCUUUCCCAGCCUGCGCCUGCUCCACAUCACCCACAACAGCCUCCAGGACUGGGCCGAGGUCCGCAAGUUCAGCUCCAUGUUCCCCAGCCUGGACACGCUGGUCAUGGCCAACAACAACUUGGCUUCCAUUCAGGACAACAAAGACGUCCUGCAGCGGCUCUUCCCCAACCUGCGCAGCAUCAACCUGCACAACUCAGGUCUAAACCGAUGGGAAGACGUUGAGAAGUUGAACUUCUUCCCCAAGUUGGAGGAGGUGCAACUGCAGGGCAUCCCCUUACUGCAGACCUUCACCGAAGAAGAACGAAUACACCUCACGAUAGCACAGCUUCCUGCAAUAUCAUGGCUAAACGGCAGUGUUGUGACUGACUGUGAGCGGGAAGCUGCCGAGAGGUUCUUCAUCCGUUACUACUUCGACUACCCUGAAGAGGAGCUGCCUGACAGAUACCAUUCCCUGGUCACCAAGUAUGGGAAGCUGGAGCCCCUUGCCGAGGUUGACCUCCGACCUCGCUGCUGCGCCCAGGUGGAGGUUCACUGUGAAGAAAAAGUGCAACAGCUGACCAUCCGUUUGGACCAGACAGUAGCUGUGCUGAAGAAGCAGCUGACGACGGUGGUCCAGCUGUCCACCAACAGCAUGAGGCUGUACUACAUCGACAGGACCAGCGUCUUCGGUCCAGAGGAAAUGAAGUUCAACACCCGGGCCCUCCACUCCUACAGCAUCCAAGAUGGUGAUCAACUGUUGGUGGUACCCAAGACCAACAGGAAAGCGGGUGUCAAACUGGCUGAUUAGAGUCACUUCUUUAGUGAUUGAUUGAUUUGAUUAUUUAUUUGCUGGUUAACUGGCAUUGCAAAAUAAUUGGAAUAUGCAUAUGAAUAUUUUUAUAGCACCGCAACAUCACAAACAUUGUUGAGCCAACUUGUGUUAUUCUCAGGUUGCUCCUACAAAUAAAUAUAUGAAUCUAUAGACAGAUCGAUAAAUGUGCAAUGGUACAAAGUAUUCAUCAUUUGAUAUUUUAAUGUUUCAUAAAAAGAGGAAUAAAACAAUAUUUACAAAUGAAAGAUGAACCCAUCAAUCACUAUUAACCCUCUCUACUCCUUCCCUCUACAUACUUGUCUAAUAGGAACACAAAUAAUAGUAAGAUGAGAUCAAAUAAGUAAAGAAAAUCAAUGAUCAUCUUGUACUUGUCCCACGAUGGAGAAAUGUGCCGUGUUACAGC